AUGAUAAAAUUUAGAUUUUGUAAAUUUGCUUAAAUCAAUAACAUUACAUCACUUAAAAGUAGAAUAGGAGGCAGUUCAAAAACACCAGAGUAUGAUUUAUAUCGCUCUUAUUAUAAUAAAACGAUUGAAGAUGUAAAAGAAUAACCAGGUGUGACAAUUGUCAGAAAUAUAAAUGAUGCAAAAAGAGUCAUUGAUAUAUUAAAUAAAUAUAAAAAACAGCCUCAUGCAUGGGAUACAGAAACUAUAGAUAUCGAUGUAAAGAGUGAGACUCCAAUUAAUAGAGGAAAAUUAAUUUGUGCUAGUGCAUUUGCAGGUCCUGAAGUUAAUUUUGGGAAUGGUCCUAGGUUGUUUAUAGAUAAUUUUGCUUAGAAUAGUGAUUUAAUUAUGCUGUUUAAAGAAUAUUUUGAAGAUGAAAAGAUAUUAAAAAUAUGGCAUAAUUAUGGUUUUGAUAAACACAUCUUUGGCAAUCAUGGAAUUAAUGUUAGAGGAUUUUUUGGAGAUACUAUGCAUAUGGCCAGACUAUUAGAUCCAUCCAAAUAGCCUUAAGAAUAUAGUUUAGCCAAAUUAUCAUUAGCCUACGAAGAAGAAAUUAGACUAGUUAAAACCAAAAGAAUGGAAUGUUUAUUGGCAAAACCCAACUUAACAGAUGAAGAAAGAAGUAGCCUCUAAUUAUUUGGAGAUCAUCUACUUGAUGUCAAUCUCAAAACUAGUAUGAAAUAGAUCUUUGGACAAAAUAAGGAAUUAAAAAAUGGUUAAGUUAGUAAAUUAAAAGUAUACCCUAAGAUAUUAUAAAUGCAUUGUCUCCCUCAGUAUAUUAAUUAAUGGAUUGAAUAUUCUACUCUGGAUUCAGAAAUAACAUAUUUUUUAUGUCUCACUUUAAAAGACUUAUUGAACAAAACAAAAAUAUUUUAUAACUUAAAAUCCACAGAUUCUGAUUAUCAGACAAAAAAAAAUGAAUUUGGAAUUAAUAAUUUAGGUGAUAUCUACAGUAAAUAUUGGAAUUCUUUAGGAGAAAUAUUAACAGAGUUAGAGCGGGAAGGUAUGCAAGUUGAUAUGGACCACGUAAAAAAUAUUAAGAUAAAAGCUGAAGAAGAUAUGAAAUAAUAUGAAUAAAACUUUAUUAAAUGGGUAUAAACUACUUAAGAAGGAGAUGUGUCUUAAUUCAAUUGUAGUAGUACUUAACAACUAUAAUAAUUAUUCUUUGCCCCAUGUAAGAAAUAGUAAGUGAAAAAGACACCUUAAACAAUGAAAGAAGAAGAAGAAGAGGAUGAAUAUCUUUCAGAUGGAAGGAAAAAAUCUAUAAGGAAAGAAGUUGAAGACUUACCUGAAGUAAAAGGAUUUUAGAUUGAUAAUAUACAUUAAAUUGUUAAAGAAAAUUAGAGAACUCCUCUAAAAUAUACUGAAAUGCUUAUAAAAGGUUUAGGAAUAGAACCUUUAAGUUAUACUCCUAGUGGAAUGCCAUAAGCUGAUUAUAAUGCCUUGAAGUAAUUAGCAGGAGAUGUAGAGAAGUAGCAAUAUGGAUUAAUAUAUCAUCACUUUGUUGGUAAAGGGGAGCCUUAAAAAGGCAUUGAUGCAUGCAUAGCAAUAAAUGAUUUAUUGGAAUUAAAGAGCAUAGAAGUUUUAUUGCAUACUUUUAUUAUCCCAUUAAUUGAAUUAACUGAUCCAUCAGGUCGUAUUCAUACCAGUAUUAAUAUAAAUACAGAAACUGGAAGAUUAAGUUCUAGAAAUCCAAAUUUAUUAAAUUAGCCUGCAUUAGAGAAGGAUAGAUAUAAAAUAAGAAAAUCCUUUAUAGCUAAAAAGGGAAACAAACUAAUAGUGGCUGAUUAUGGUUAAUUGGAAUUGAGAGUAUUAGCACACAUGACUAAAUGUAAAGCUAUGAUUGAUGCUUUUUUAAAAGGAGGAGAUUUUCAUUCUCGAACUGUCAUUGUAUGAAAUUAUUAUAAAUCUUUUAAGACCAUGUUUCCACAUAUCUAAGAAGAAAUAGAUAAAGGAGAAUUAUUAAUUGAAUGGGACAAAUCUAAAGGAAAAGCACCAGCUCCAUUAGUAAAAGACAAAUAUGCAGCUGAAAGAAGAAAGGCUAAAGUUUUGAAUUUUUCAAUCGCUUAUGGUAAAACUGCAACUGGAUUUGCAAAAGAUUGGUAAUGUGAAGUGAAGGAAGCAUAAAAAACUAUAGAUGCUUGGUUUGCUUAAAGAAAAGAAGUGGUAUUAUAUUUGGUUUAGUUAGGAAUAAUGGUAAUAUAAUGUGAGAAUGAUUGCAAAAAAUUAAUUUUUCACUUAAACUUUACUAGGAAGAUAUAGAUACUUGGAAAAAUAUUUUUAAUAAUAAACUAGAUCUUAUAUCAAUCAUGGAUUAAGAGCAGCGAUAAAUACUCCUAUUUAGGGAGGAGCUGCAGAUAUUGUAAUUGCAGCUAUGGUCAAAAUAUAUAAAAAUUAAUCAUUGAAAGAUUUGGGUUACAAAUUACUUUUGCAAGUUCAUGAUGAAUUGAUUCUCGUAAUUUAAUAGUUUAAAAUAUUUAUAGGAAGGUCCAGAAGAAAAUGCUUAGGAAGCUUUGAAGAUUGUAAAAGAGUUAAUGGAAAAUCCUUUUGAAAUUUAGCUAGAAUUACCAUUAGAAGUUGAUGCUAAAAUAGGAAAUAAUUGGUAUGAAUGCAAAUGA